GCCUAAAGAGAGCUAACUGAAUUUGGAAUAAAAACAGACGGGCUCUCUGGUGCUCAGAAAUGGAUCGAUCCACUCACAAGUUCCUCCUUUUGCUUCCCCCUUUUUGCUUUUUCUCUGCCCUUUCGUUUCCCUUUCUAAACCCCUCCACACUAGCAUGGGAUAACUAGCAAGAGCGGCAGUGGCCCGUAGAAUCCAGGCUAGACGUUCCUGGGCUGGGCAGUUUGCCUUCCUGCCCGAGUGUUUCACAGCUUGGUGUGACUGGCAUUUUCCUUUUUUAUUUUUUUAAAGGAGCAAAUCCACUUUCCCUAUCUACAGGAAACAGGAGGGGAAAAAAGACAGAAGAAUUUGGCAAGUAGCCAAGGCCGGUCAGUGAAGUCAGUAGUAAGGAAUUAAGAGUAAAUUUAGUCACCAGUUCAUCACGGCACAAACCGAGUCUGCAGUGGGUUUUAACUUUGGAGAAAAACCCUAUCAUGCUUGUUUCCCACUUUAGAGCAACUUUGCUUUCCUAGAUGCACAUCCUGCGUGUGCAAUAACCACAGGAGUUUGUUGAUCUGGAGAGGGGAUAAAGCAGCGUAUAAAUGAGAAGAGAGGAGUGUAUUCGAGUGCUAUGGAGGGCAGUAACUGUUGCUGUGACUUCUAAAAGCCUUCAAGGAAAUUCCAUGGAAUUGCACUGAAAGAAACUCUUGGGAUGCCGCUCUCUGGAUUCAAGUUUGGAAAGAAGAAAUUGAAAGAGGAAGAGAGGCACCUUCAGGCAAACAACCGGGACUUUAAUCUGGAGUUCGAAUAUGCUAACAAUUCAAUUAAAACAUCGAAAUACAAUUUCUUCACUUUCCUGCCUCUCAACCUGUUUGAGCAGUUUCAGCGAAUAGCCAAUGCCUAUUUUCUGUUCCUGCUGAUUCUGCAGCUCAUUCCUCAGGUCUCCUCCUUGUCUUGGUUUACAACAGUGGUGCCGCUGGUGCUGGUGCUGGCUGUGUCGGGUGUCAAGGAUGCCAUCGAUGAUUUUAAUCGACACAAAAGUGACAAUCAUGUCAAUAACCGUCCUGUCCAGGUGCUGAUUAAUGGCAGAUUGAAGGAUGAUAAAUGGAUGAAUAUCCAAGUGGGAGACAUCAUAAAACUAGAGAACAACAACUUUGUGACGGCAGAUCUACUGCUCCUCUCAAGCAGUGAGCCACACAGCCUGACGUACAUCGAGACGGCUGAACUGGAUGGGGAAACUAACCUCAAAGUGAAGCAGGCACUGACGGUCACUGCGGAGCUGGGAGAGAACCUUCAGAAACUGACUGAUUUCAAUGGUGAAGUCAAAUGUGAGGCACCAAAUAACAAACUGGAUAAGUUCACCGGGACUCUUACUCUCCGUGGGGAGAAAUUUGCCCUGGACAAUGAGAAGAUGCUACUGAGGGGCUGCACCAUUAGGAACACAGAAUGGUGCUUUGGGCUUGUUAUUUAUGCUGGGCCAGACACCAAAUUAAUGCAGAACUGUGGGAAAACAACCUUUAAACGGACCAGCAUUGAUCGGCUAAUGAAUGUCCUCGUGUUAGUGAUUUUUGCAUUUUUAGCUCUGAUGUGUUUCAUCCUGGCCAUUGGAAACGGCAUCUGGGAACAUGACAAGGGCUAUUACUUCCAAGUCUACCUGCCCUGGGCAGUUGGCGUAAACUCAGCCGCCUACUCUGGGUUCCUCAUGUUCUGGUCUUACGUGAUCAUUUUGAACACCGUGGUGCCGAUUUCACUCUACGUCAGUGUAGAGAUUAUACGCCUGGGCAACAGCUUCUACAUUGACUGGGACCGUAAAAUGUAUUACCCGCUGAACGAUACGCCAGCCCAGGCCCGCACCACCACGCUCAAUGAAGAGCUGGGACAAAUCAAGUACAUCUUCUCGGACAAAACAGGAACUCUAACUCAGAACAUCAUGGCUUUCAACAAGUGCUCCAUUAAUGGGAAAUCCUAUGGUGAUGUGUACGACAUGGCUGGGCAGAGGACUGAGAUCACUGAGCACACAGAGAAGGUCAAUUUCUCGUACAACCAACUGGCCGACCCAAAGUUCGUGUUCUACGACCACAGCCUGGUGGAAGCCGUGAAGCUGGACGAUGCCGCGACACACGGGUUUUUCCGGUUGCUCUCGCUGUGUCACACUGUGAUGCCAGAAGAGAAGAAGGAAGGUAACCUGGUGUAUCAGGCCCAGUCUCCAGAUGAAGGAGCCCUGGUCACUGCGGCACGAAACUUUGGCUUUGUGUUUCGUGCGCGGACCCCCGAGACCAUCACUGUGGUGGAAAUGGGAGAAACAAAGGUCUAUGAACUCCUGGCUAUUCUGGACUUCAACAAUGUGCGCAAAAGGAUGUCUGUCAUCGUGCGAAGUCCGGAAGGCGACCUGACCUUGUAUUGCAAGGGCGCUGACACCAUUGUCUAUGAACUGUUGGAUUCUUCCUGUGGAUCCCUCAAGGAAGAGACCAUGGAACACUUGAAUGAGUUUGCAGGUGAAGGCUUGAGGACACUAGUUGUCGCCUACAAAAACCUGCAGGAAGACUACUUUCAGGAGUGGCACAAACGUCACCAUGAAGCAAGCACUGCCCUGGAUGGACGGGAGGAGAAGUUAUCUGAGUUAUACGAAGAGAUUGAAAAAGACUUAAUGCUGCUAGGUGCCACGGCUAUUGAGGACAAGUUACAAGAUGGAGUCCCCCAGACGAUUGAAACCCUGACCAAAGCCCGCAUUAAAAUCUGGGUUCUUACUGGAGACAAGCAAGAGACUGCUGUGAAUAUUGGCUACUCCUGUAACAUGCUGCAUGAUGACAUGAAGGACGUUUUCAUUAUUGAAGGCAACACCUCUGAGGAAGUGUUAGAUGAACUCAGGACUGCAAGGAAGAAAAUGAAUCCGGAUUCCUUCCUGGACAGUGAUGAAAUUAUCAAGUUUGAAAACCCUUCCACGAAGUCAAGGAUCUUACCUGAAGAGCAAGCGAAUGGGGUGUAUGGCCUGGUUAUUAACGGCCAUAGCUUGGCUUACGCACUAGAGGGGAACUUGGAGCUUGAGCUGGUGAGAACAGCCUGCCUGUGCAAAGUGGUGAUCUGCUGCCGGGUGACCCCCCUGCAGAAGGCCCAGGUGGUGGAGCUGGUGAAGAAAUACAAGAAGGCCGUGACCCUGGCGAUCGGUGAUGGGGCAAACGAUGUCAGCAUGAUCAAAACUGCCCACAUUGGGGUCGGGAUCAGUGGCCAGGAGGGGAUGCAGGCUGUGCUGUCCAGUGACUUUUCCUUCGCACAGUUCCGUUACCUGCAACGCCUGCUCUUAGUCCACGGACGAUGGUCCUACAUCCGCAUGUGCAAGUUCCUCAGAUACUUCUUCUAUAAGAACUUUGCCUUCACGUUAGUUCAUUUCUGGUAUGGAUUCUUCUCCGGCUUCUCUGCGCAGACCGUGUAUGAUCAGUGGUUCAUAACCCUCUACAAUCUGGUGUAUACCUCCCUCCCGGUGCUAGGAAUGAGCCUCUUUGACCAGGACGUGGAUGACCGCUGGAGCAUGCAGUUUCCUCACCUCUAUGAACCCGGGCAGCAGAAUCUCUACUUUAACAAGAUCGAAUUUGUCAAGUGCGUGCUGCACGGGAUCUACAGCUCCCUCAUUCUCUUCUUCAUCCCCUAUGGGGCCAUGUACGACACCGUGAGAAGCGACGGGAAAGCCAUUGCUGACUACCAGUCCUUCGCACUGAUGGCCCAGACCUGCCUGCUGAUCGUGGUCUCUGUGCAAAUCGGGCUGGACACUGCCUACUGGACAGCUGUGAACCAGUUCUUCAUCUGGGGCAGCCUUUCCGUUUACUUUGCCAUCAUCUUCACCAUGUACAGUGACGGCAUGUACCUGAUCUUCACAGCCUCCUUCCCUUUCAUUGGGACAGCUCGAAACACCCUCAGUCAACCCAAUGUGUGGCUGGUGAUCUUCCUCAGCAUCAUUCUGUGUGUGCUGCCGGUGGUUGGCGGUCGGUUUCUGAAGUCUCAGCUAAUGCCAACCAUCAGUGACAAAGUCCUACGCAAGAUCAGAGCGGCCAAGAAGCAGCCGCCGCCUCCCUUGCCCAAGACACGCUUGCGCCGUACCAGCACCCGUCGCUCCGGCUACGCCUUCUCCCAUCAGCACGGCUUCGGCGCGCUCAUUAUGUCUGGGAGAAACAUGCGGCCUAAACUGCCUUUCACCACAACAGGGACGUUUUCACCCAAUAGUGAGAAAAACAAACACAAGUGAAUGCAAGAACCAGGGCAGCCAGAAAGGAAACUGUGCCCUGCACAGCGUCCCAGCCCGCACCCACCCAGGACUGCCCUGUCAGCUACUCCAAGGAGGACUCAGGCCUUCUCUUUCCACCCAGGUGCUCACUCUAACUCCAGCUCCUGCUCCAAAGGGCACAUGCUGCUCCCAGGGAGGAAAGAACAGGAUGAGUCCAAGUUCUUAAAUAUGUGGAGUUGAGAGGGGCAAGCACAAAGCAGACCAACCCCCCCCCCCCAUCCCUCUGUGGUCUGAGAGAGAGAACAUGCAGGGGAACGCCCGCUCCAUGCACCAAGAUCAUCCGUGAUGCCACUGCUUCAUCCCCUCACCCCCGUACCUCCGAGCACCGCGGCGUCAGGGCAGAGGGAGGGCAGAACUGUAUAAGCUCAUCCCAUCCAUGAGGCUUGUUUCUGUCAUGAACUAUGCCAUGAAGCAUUCAGAGCUGUAUUCAUCCCGGGGACAACUCCACUGACCCCAAGAGUGACGGGCCCAGUGCCUCAAACCCCAGCUCCCGAAUCUUUGCAAUCUAAGUCAUUGUGCGGCCAUUUGUCCAUAACGUACAUGGGUGUUUGGAGAGUGUGAGGUGGGAAAUGACCUACCGAGCUGGGGGGUGACCCUGUCCAAGCCUACAGUCAGUGCCCCAAGUGCAGCCCCUGCCUUUGGGAGGUGCUGUAAGUUAGGGGUCAGCUCUCCAGACAACAGCUAGGGAAAGGGGCCUGCAAUCGCACUACCCUGCCCUGGAGCUGCGUUGCAGAGCCACCCUGCUGGGAAAUGUCAUGGUUCUCAGGUUUUGCAGCCAGGCACCAGCAGUUUCUUCUAGACUUAAAACAGAAAAGCACCAAAACACUCAGUUCCUGAACUCCACAAAUGCUAGAGCUGCUCACUUAAAGUGAAGCUGGGAAAUCCCUCCCUGCGGGUCCCUUGGGUCAUGGCUCAGUCUCACAAGGGAACCUCCAUCAUCAGGUAGCUUUCCAACCAGACCCAGCCAAAUUCUGUGGUCCAGCACAAACGCCCAGCUCCCAUGGACUUCAGUGGAACUGAAUGAGAGCCUCUGAUGGCAGAAAUGGAACCUCCAUGAGCUGCACAGGGCCGAUGGGAGGGUGCAGUUUUCACCCUUACCUCUGACUGCCCAGCUCUUUAACACGCCAGCCCCCUUGUUCUGUUUCUCUCUCUCCCUCACCUCCUGAGCAAUGUGGGUGAAGAUUAGAAGAAACCUCCCUAGGUUCUCUGCAGUUUCCUGAACCAAAUGGUUUUGCCUGCUCUUUCGAUUUUGGUUGGAAGGCAAAUCCAUCAGACAGCUGACAUGUGUGAGGUCAGAGAGCUCUGUGAGAACACCAGCAACGGGCCUGGGCAGACUAGAAACAGCUGGAGUCUUGCAGCUGCUGAGCCACUGGGCCUGGUUUUCCAGUCUGUCACACUGGUGCUUCGGGGGAGUUACCCUGGUGUAAAGCCGGCAUGCUGGAGUGGAGAAUCAGGCCCAUCAGUGUUACUAACCCAUCGGAACGGGGCUCUCUUGCCUGCAGGACAAAGCAACCCCCGUUAGUUCCUCAGCCGGGUGCUGUAACCACUUACAGAGGGUUGUAGGCCUAGUUUCGGUGCCUGCUUGGGCUGGGGUUCCUGUACAUUGCACAUGUUAGCGGUAACGGGGUUCUGUGCAGAAUCCCCGAGGAACUGGCAGAAGGGAUGUGUUACUGCGACAGGCUGGUAAUGUUUCCACUUGAACUAGUCUCCUCAGAGCUCCUUGUUUUAACAGAGACUGCAUGGAAUUGUUUAUGCUCCUCUAACGAAGGGCUUUAUUCUCUGGACAUGGCCCUCCUCUGGGCUAAGCACCAGUAGAGACAGAGGGCCAGUUGCACCUGGGCUCUGGGGAGUUGUUAUAAACCACAGGACUGGCUUUCAGACAUGGGGCUGGGGAAAGGAACAUACCCUACCCCACAGUGAUGUGUGCUGCAUGGAGACAGCUGUAGCACCGAGCAAUGCAGUGCACUGGGGCGAAUCAAACUGAGCAGGGCCAUCACUGCUCGCCGCCUCUCUCUGGCUUGUGGCUCACCUCAGCACGCUGAUUCGGAUAAUGGCUCAGGACGUUAGCCUCCCCAGGGUACCGAAGGGGAGAGUUUAGAUUGUUAAACUGACAUCCCAGAAGGCUCAGCCUGCCAGGCUGGCGCUAGCGUGGGAUGCUGUGGGCUGCAGUGCUGAGAAGGAAAGAGGCCAACUGCGAAGGAACCAGGGAAGCUCUGGACCCGACACAGCUCUGAGACGGUUUGCACACAACACACCCUACUUGGCCACAGGCCGAAGCGGGACUUACAAAUGCUGCAUAAGACACACAAGGGAUGAUCCACUUAGUGAACUGGUUCUGACUGCAAAUACUUCAGCAGUUUGACAAGACCAAUGUCUGUUUUUAAUGCCUUGAAAUUGGCCCUGGCGUUCCACAAGCGUCUCUCCUUGGUUGUAAAAUACUUUUUAAAUAUAAAUAGUGGCCAAGGGGAUGAAUAAUGUGUGUGCAGUCUGUUCCUGGAGCCUUGGGGCGUGAGCAGGUGCAUGUACGGUAUUCACUGCGUGGAUCUCAGGAGUGGAAACAGGGAGAGCCAGAUUGCAUCAGAGUGGUGAGCCAUCUAAGCCAGUACCCUGACUCACAAACAACCCAGACCAGCUUUGGAGGAAAGUGGAGU